AUGAGUGAUACAGAGUCAUCAACACCAUCACAGCCAAUAGUUGUUGUAGAAUAUUGCAAAAUUUGUUCUUUACCAACUGAAUAUUGCGAAUAUGGACCAUCAGCAAAACAAUGUUUAAAAGAGAAUGGACCACAUCCAAAUAAUAAUAAAAAUACAGCAUCAGGUAAAGAUUCAUCAAAUACUACUGCUACUACUACUACUACAGAUACAACAACAACAACAACUACAUCAACAGAAAAUACAGAAGAGAAAUUAAAAGAUUUAAAGAUUGUUGAUGAUUCAAAAGAAGUUAGUCAUGUUGAUGCUGGUAAAUCAGAAUCAAAAGAAGCUACUGGUGAAGAAAAAGAAAAAGAAAAAGUAUCAAAAAAGAAAAAAGAAGUUAAACCACAAAUUAUCAUUGAAGUUAAUCAAAGAAAUAAGAGAAAACAUGUUACAAAGAUUACAGGUUUAGAAUUAUAUGGUAUAAAAUUAUCAGAUGCAGCUAAAGUUAUGGCAAAGAAAUUUAGUUGUGGUUGUUCUGUUGUUAAAUCAAUCUCAAAUCCAAAUUCUGAAGAUAUCGAUAUUCAAGGAGAUUUUGGUGAGGAACUUGUUGAUUUAAUUGAAGAGAAAUAUCCAACUGUACCAUUAUCUGAAAUUUAUUUCUUAGAAGAUAAAAAGAAAGUUAAAGCAAGAUAA